UGUACAUCUUGCCAUUGAGUCGCGGGACUUUGGUGAGAUCGGUUGUCGUGUCGGCGGUGUUCCUCGAGAGUUUUAUCGUCGUUGCCUAAAUUGUUUUAUGGGGGAUAUAAACUGGGAGCUGGUCGGAUCAUGGAGCUAAACAGUGUUACCUUGGAAGAGGGCGCUGGUGCCCCAAAAACCCACACUGAGCCGAAGGAAAAGUCCAACCCCCAACUGCUGUACGCCAUCAAUGACAAUCCGCCAUGGUACCUGAGCAUCUUUCUGGCCUUCCAGCAUUACCUGACUAUGAUCGGAGCCAUUGUCUCCAUCCCGUUUAUCCUGACGCCGGCGCUGUGCAUGUCGGAUGAGGACGCCAAUCGGGGCAUCAUCAUAUCCACCAUGAUCUUCGUGACAGGCAUCGUGACCUACUUUCAGGCCACCUGGGGCGUCCGAUUGCCCAUUGUCCAGGGCGGUACUAUCUCUUUUCUGGUUCCGACCCUGGCCAUUUUGGCCCUUCCGCAGUGGAAGUGCCCAGACCAGUCUGUGAUGGAUGCAAUGGAUGACGUGGAGCGCGAGGAACUGUGGCAGGUACGCAUGCGGGAGCUCUCCGGCGCCAUUGCCGUGUCCGCUAUGGUGCAGGUAAUCCUUGGAUACACUGGACUUGUGGGCAAGAUCCUUAAGUAUGUGACCCCGCUGACCAUUGUGCCUACUGUUUCGCUGGUGGGACUCACCUUGUUCGAGCACGCCGCGGACACUGCCUCCAAGCACUGGGGCAUCGCCGUCGGCACCACUGGCAUGCUGACCCUCUUCUCGCAGAUCAUGUCCAAUGUUUCGGUCCCUGUGCCGGCUUACCGCAAGGGCCACGGUCUGGAGGUGAGACAGUUCCAGCUGUUCCGCCUGUUUCCUGUCCUGCUGACCAUCAUGAUCAUGUGGGGCUUGUGCGGAAUACUCACGGCUACCGACGUCUUUCCACCCUCUCAUCCCUCCCGAACAGACGUGCGCCUCAAUGUUCUGACCAGCGCCAAGUGGUUCUACAUUCCGUAUCCGGGUCAGUUUGGAUGGCCGUCGGUCACGCUGUCCGGAGUGCUCGGUAUGUUGGCCGGCGUGCUGGCCUGCACCGUGGAGUCGCUGAGCUACUAUCCCACAGUCUCCCAGAUGUCCGGCGCCCACUCGCCACCACUGCACGCGAUCAACCGGGGCAUUGGCACCGAGGGGUUGGGCACAGUCCUGGCCGGUCUGUGGGGAGCGGGCAACGGAACCAACACUUUUGGAGAGAACGUGGGCGCCAUCGGGGUGACCAAGAUUGGAUCUCGACGAGUCAUUCAGUGGGCUGCCCUAAUCAUGGUGCUGCAGGGCGUGAUCGGAAAGUUCGGAGCCAUCUUCAUCCUGAUUCCGGACUCGGUGGUGGGCGGCAUAUUCUGCGUCAUGUUCGGAAUGAUUAUAGCCUUCGGGCUGUCGACCCUGCAAUACGUGGACUUGCGAUCCGCCAGGAAUCUGUACAUCCUGGGGCUCUCCAUCUUCUUCCCCAUGGUGCUGUGCCGCUGGAUGCAGCAGAAUCCGGGAGCCAUAGACACUGGUAACACAACCGUGGACUCCACGCUGUCGGUGCUUCUGGGAACCACCAUUCUUGUGGGCGGAGUCCUGGGCUGUCUGUUGGACAACCUGAUCCCUGGAACGCCGGAGGAGCGAGGUCUCAUUCAGUGGGCCAAGGAGAUGCCCCUGGGGGAAGACAACAUCAACGAUGGCACCGCCACCGACUUUGACUUCCCCUACGGAAUGGAGACCAUUCGUCGCUGGAAGUGGACCUACUACGUGCCAUUCAUGCCCACCUACAAGCUCCAGAAACAGAGCUAAUCCUGGGAGGAGAAAACAGAAGCCGAAUAAAUUGUGAUUCAAUUUUGUAUUUAUUCUCAGAAAACGCUUCACGCUUUCCCGUCUAGUUACAGUUUGAACUCGAAUUGUGUAUCUACCCAAAAACUUUAACGUACUACUUAUGUUCCGAGUUGUGUUUUACGUUUCCCGAUCCAUUUAGUUCCUUUUUAAAUUCGCUUAUUGUUGUGCUACGAUUACUAACUCUCCCUCUAACUCUAACUCCUUCGCUCACAAUUCGCAUAUUUUCUAUUAUUUCGCAAUAACAUCAAUAGUCCUAGCAAACGAAACUUCUACCUACUAGCUCUAAACUCGAAACAAUCCCUCAUUCAGUUCUGUGUAUAAUGCAAAAAAAUUGUUAAAAUUAUUAUUAUUUGAAAUUUUAACGCAUUUUCGGCGCGAGGUCUCCUGCGGAGCACAAAAAUAGCUAGAAAAUACAUAUCCAUAUACUCGUAUAACCAUA